AUUGCUUUAUCUUCCACUCCACUCCACUCCACUCCUAUAAAUCCCACUCAAAUCUGCUUCUGAUUUCAUAAAAAUACAUUUUCUUUGUAUCUUUUUUUCUUAAUCUUCCGAAGAUUGAUUCAUCAAUGGCAGAGGAAGCUUGUAAAGUGCGUAGGAUGAAGUUAGGGAGCCAAGGUCUUGAAGUUUCGGCUCAGGGACUUGGUUGCAUGGGUCUCUCCGCCUUCUACGGUGCUCCGACACCUGAGACUAACGCCGUGGCUCUCCUCCGUCACGCCAUUAACGCCGGCGUUACAUUCUUGGAUACUUCCGACAUCUACGGUCCCGAGACAAACGAGCUGCUUCUUGGAAAGGCUUUGAAAGAUGGGUUGAGGGAUAAAGUGGAAUUAGCGACAAAAUUUGGGAUCACUGCUUCUGAAGAUGGAAAAUUUGGUUUCAGGGGAGAUCCAGAGUAUGUGAGUGCUUGUGAAGCAAGUUUAAGGCGUCUUGGUGUUACCUCCAUUGAUCUUUAUUACCAGCAUCGAAUUAAUACCACUCUGCCCAUCGAAAUCACGAUUGGAGAGCUGAAGAAACUAGUGGAAGAAGGGAAAAUAAACUAUAUAGGUUUGUCAGAAGCUUCAGCUUCAACUAUCAGAAGAGCACACGCUGUUCAUCCGAUAACCGCUGUGCAAAUAGAAUGGUCUUUAUGGUCGAGAGACGUGGAAGAAGAUAUCAUUCCAACCUGCAGGGAACUUGGGAUUGGAAUUGUAGCUUAUAGCCCUCUAGGAAGAAAAAGCUUGUUCGCAUCUGGACCCAAGCUUGUUGAGAAUCUGGAGCAAGAUGAUUAUCGAAAGGGUCUACCAAGAUUCCAACAGGAGAAUCUAGACAACAACAAGAUUCUCUACGAGAAAGUCCAAGAGAUGGCGACAAAGAAAAGCUGCACUCCUGCACAACUAGCUCUAGCAUGGGUUCACCACCAAGGAGAUGAUGUUUGUCCUAUUCCAGGAACCUCCAAGAUCCAAAACCUCAACCAGAACAUUGGAGCUUUAUCAGUGAAGCUCACUCCUGAAGAGAUGGUUGAGCUUGAAGCCAUUGCUCGACCGGAUUUCGUGAAAGGGGAACGAUAUGACAACAACAUGGUUACUUACAAAGACUCAGAGACUCCACCAUUGUCUUCUUGGAAAGAAAAAUAAAAUACAUGUUUGGAAACUGUUUUGAGGGUAUACCGCAUUGGCCAAAUCGAGGUAAUAUUGUGCUGAAGAUGUGUCUGUGUGAAAUAAGUUAAGUAUAUGGGUGUGCGAGUUUGCAAUAAGAAAGAACCAAUGCCUUAGAAAGAAUAAAGGUUUUGUACAAAG